AUAUAUAUAUAUAUAUAUAUAUAUAUACAUGUGAAAAACAAACGGAACGAUUGAUUAAGUUGACAUAAAGUUCUAAGUUGAACUUCGUUGAGCCGAUUACGUUUGCGCGCCACUGAACCGCGCACAAUACGCCCAUUUGGCUCUUGUCACUGGGUCGUUGCAGGUGAGAACUGUAGUGCGGUGCACGUGACCCACAUCGCUCAUGGGGAGUCUUCCGAAGACACUUCCGCCAUGUGUGGCUGCCCACGUGGCUUCCGUUCCCUGCAAAAAUUCGGAGGAUAACGUGUUGUCAACGAACAACUACCAAAAUGGCGCCUUGCUACCGUUUCAGGAUAGUAACCUCUUCCAACUUGAAUUCCGUUCGAGACGCCAACUUUGCUUUGGUGCUGAUGUGCGACCUGCGUAUGAGUUAAUGUUCCAUCAGCAUGGGGGUAAACAAUUACCGCUGCCUCCCGGCAGUGCCCUGGGCGUAAUAUGCCCCAAUGUUCCAAACGAAGUUGACAAGAUGCUCAAGCUUCUUAAUCUUUCCGGUAACGAGUGUAUCGAUAUUACCGCGUCAGCUACGGAUGCGCAAACCAAAACAAGGUUCGAACGAUCGUAUGCUUAUUUGCCCAGCCAUUGCAGAAUUCGUCACUUGUUUGAGUAUGUGGUUGAUUUACGCACUGUUUUAAAGAAAGCGUUUCUUAAGGUGCUAGGAGAUUACUGUCCAGAGGGGUCAUCGGACCGUCAAGUUCUUCACGAGCUUAGUUCGAUCAACCAAGAGGGGUAUCGAACUGAAGUUCUGGAAGAUCGAAUGAUGAUCUUUGAUUUACUAACGAAAUUUCCGACCUGUCAGCCUACCUUGGCAGUGUUAAUUGAGCACCUGGCGCGUCUUACACCCAGGUUCUACACUGUCGCUAACUAUUCUGAGAUGGAAAUAAAAUUCAUCUAUCGUCCUAUGGAGUUUAAGUCUCUAGGACGUUUGCUAAGGGGUCAGUGCUCUACGUUGUUCGAUCGUCUUCAACAGGUGACUUCUAGGGAUCUUGAGACGCAACUCAAUAAUAUCAACUUAGAAUCAAUCGACACAAAAACGAAUAACGAUAGCACAGUUACGUGUUACGUUCGGAAAAAUGUCCGAAAUUUCACUUUCCCUAUCAGCCCCGCCGUUCCGUUCAUAUUCGUCUGCCAUGGAACAGGAAUUGCUCCAUUUUUAGCAUACUUGCAUUUGCUCGAAGCGAAUCCCGAUAUGAUGCCUAUUGAGAGUUGGCUUUUCUAUGGCUGCCGUUACGCCCAUCGGGACGCUCUUUUUGAUGUGGAAGCGGUGCGUAAAAGCGGAUUCCGAUGUCAGUUACGUCAAUCGCGAGUAGAUCCUAUAACUGACGAUGUGGGUAAAAUUCAACGUGGUUAUGUACAGGACGGAUUAUUGCAAUAUGCUGAUGAUGUGCGAAAGCUGUUAGUUGACGAUGUCGGCGAGUUGUUGAUUUGUGGUGACUUCCAGACAAUGGCCAAGGACACGCUAUCAGUGCUGGAAAAAAUUCUCACAACACAAACGCUAGAAAAUCUACUUAAAGAAAACCGAAUAAAAUUUGAUGUUUGGACCUAAUUAGAACUGUCCUAUAAUUAGAGCUAAUUAAAUUCGGGUUAUCAAUGUAUGUACGUAUUAUUUAUUAUUGAUACAAAUAUCAUGUUACAUAAAUGUUCGUUCAUAGAAUAGAGCCAGUAG